AUGCCUACAGUCUCGACUCUCAAUAAUAGUGCCAGCAGCACUGCUGAUAGCAGAAGCUGGGGGUUUUUCAACUCUGGCUGGUUGAAAAGAAACUGUAAAGUCCUCAAGCAACUAGUGGACAUCAUUGUGCCUUAUAGUGAUAGUGUAACGCCCGUGAAGAAGACCAGAUAUACUCGCAAGGCGUCGACGGCUGCUGCUGCUGUUGAAGAAGACAGUGACCAAAAGACUGAAAAAGAUGAUAUUUCUGUGCACGAUAUGUUCCCCAAAAAGAUGACCAUUGAAAAGUCUCUGUCCACGGAGUUUUCCUCCGUGACGCCAUGCGCGAUGAACAUCGACCUGAUGGAGAACCCAAUCCAGUUGGAAAUCUUACCAAACGGUAUGAUCUCGUCUACUUUGAAGACCAGCGAGCUAAGCACCAAAAGCAAUAACAUAAACAACCCUAAUGCAGGUGCUGCUGCAGGGAGCAUACAUACACUGGAUACUUUACCAAUAUCCCCUCAGAGCAGCAACUCGCCGAACAGUAACGCCAACACAUCUCCACCAAAGCGUGCAGACGAGGAUGCAAAACCCGCCGUUGCUAGUGAUGUCGGUACGUACAUCUGCCAUUACUGUGACGCAACAUUCAAGAUCAGAGGAUACUUGACAAGGCACAUCAAGAAGCACGCCAUAGACAAAGCCUAUCACUGUCCCUUUUUCAACGCCACACUCGGAACAGAGUUGAAAUGUCACAACACUGGCGGGUUUUCGAGGAGGGACACGUACAAGACACACUUGAAAACGAGGCAUUUCGUGUACCCGAAUGGUGUGAAACCAAGUGACAGGAGUAAGUCCAACGGGACCUGUGCACACUGUGGGGACUAUUUUGAAUCCGCGGACAAGUGGAUCAAAGAGCAUAUCGAGGGUGGGCAAUGUAGUUCGCUGCCGGAACAGUACGUCAACGAGAUCAAGAUCAAUAAGAAUAUGAAGAAGGCCAAGAAAAAUAAGUUGAAAAUGAUCAAGACCUCCACGGGCCACUCGAGAUUUGUGUCCAGUGCGGAGAGUGUGGUGGAACCAAAAGUGUUGCUCAAUAAGGAGGCCGUCGAGGCGAUGGCGAUCGUAGCGAACAACGCAAGCAGUCGCCACGUGCUAUCGAAAUUGGGCGAAGACCAGCUGAUUCUGAAUUCGGACAGCUUCCAAGGACACAAGAAACCUAAGCGGAAGUACAAGCCCAGAAACAAAACUGGCUCGAAACAAAACAACGAGAUAUUGUCGACAAACUCGCCAACCUCUCGAUUCGAUAAGUCAUCCACGAGUGCAACACCCCAGACAGCAAUGGAGCACAACUCGCAGCGAGUACCAAAUCAAACACAGUAUCAACACGAGUUUUCGAACGACCAGUUACUCAAUGGGUCUCUCGUGAAUCUUUCGCCGCUUUCCCUGCAGUCGGCACUGAAAUCGGCACCACAGCUCACAUUGACGAAUUCGUCUUCAUCCUCUUUAGAAUUCGGGGAAGAUCUUCCCGCUACACAAGUCCAUGGGGGUCCUUCCGUGACGCCCCACCCAGCCCUGACAACCUCACAUUUAGCAUCCACGGGCAAUUCAUCCAUAUUCUUAGAACCCCUUGGCUCUGAGCAGGUAUACGUGAUGGGCUCGAAUCCAACGCAGGGCAACUACAUGGUCCCACAGGACACUCUCGGUAAUCAACAGGGAGAACCACAGCAAGGCACGAUCAUGCUCGAUGCACCAAAGAUUAACGACGUACAGAUGAGAGAAACGAGAGAGUACUUGAAUUUUUACAACUUUUUAUUCGGGUCAAAUCUGUAG